AUGGAAUCCAGUACAAACCCAGAUCUUGCUGCGCUGGCCCUACAAAUCCAGUCACUAUCACUAACUGUGGAAGAACUCACAAGACAGAACCAAAAGAUGAAGCAACGACUGCUGCAGGAAAGUAAUCGUACAGACAGGGGAGACAACGAAGACAGCAACAGAAGGCGAACCAGCACUCCAGAGGAAGCAAGCUCAGAUCUUUUAAGAGAGAUGAGGAAAGAGAUGGACGAACUAAGAAACGCCAUCAAAGGAAAGACGGACCAAAGUUUGGAGAGAAUCGUCCGGAAGACGGAUUCACCCUUUACCAUAGCCGUCCAGGAGUGCCCUGUUCCCUCAAAGUUUCGUCUACCCCAGCUGGAACCUUUCGACGGGCUGAAAGACCCCUUGGAUCACUUGAACACCUUCAGGACGACCCUAGGCCUCCAACAGCCGCCUGACGAGAUCUUGUGUCGCUCAUUCCCUACGACCCUCAAAGGAGCAGCCAGGGAAUGGUUCAACAAGUUGCCAACAUCGUCCAUUGACAAUUUCGAGCAGUUGAGCAGUUCCUUUGUCCGUCAUUUCGUAGGCAGGCAGCGACUAAAGAGAACUGCCGACCACCUGCUUACCAUCAGACAAGGAGAGAAGGAACCACUGAGGUCUUACAUGACACGUUUCACCCAAGGAAUGCUGGAAAUAGACGAGACAGAUGAUAAGGUACAUCUCACGACCUUCAAGGCAGGAUUGAAGUCCAGGGAUUUUGUGGCAUCCUUGGCAAAGAACCCCCCUAAGACGAUGGCCGAGGCGCUGUUGAAAGCCCAGAAGUACAUGAACGCGGAAGAAGCCCCAACAGCUAUUGACGGAGCAGAUAAGAGUAGGGAAAAGAAGAAAGAAAAAGAGGACGAUCGAAGAGGGCUAAAACGAGAUCGGGCUGAUAGACGAAUUGACGAUGGAAAUCGAAGGAGGGAGGACAAAAACCCUCGUCCAUCAAAAUUCACCCCGCUGGUGAUGCCAGUCGAUCAAAUUCUAACGGAAAUAAGGGACGACCUGUCCCUAAAGUGGCCAAAACCACUCCAUUCAGCACCUGGAUUGCGCAAUAAGAGGAAAUACUGCCGUUUCCACAAGGAUCACGGGCAUUAUACAGAGGACUGCAGGGACCUAAAAGAACAGAUUAAGGAGCUCAUCCGUAACGGGAAACUACAACAAUAUGUAAAAAGGGGGGAUUUCAGCAGCAUACCUCCAUCAAAGCAAAGACGCACCAGUGAGGACUUGCAUUUCUCUGAGGAAGAUGCCAGAUGUGUGAAGCAGCCCCAUGAUGACCCACUCGUCAUUAUGAUCAUGAUCGAGGGGUUCAACACGCGAAGAGUCCUGGUCGACGGCGGAAGCUCAGUAGACAUAAUCUAUCUUCCUGCUUUCCAACAACUGAAGCUGGACCCAAAAAGGCUCCGUCCUUUUGAGUCUCCCCUCGUUAGUUUCAGCGGAGACAAAGUAUACCCUAGAGGAAUCGUGGCGUUGACAGUAACAGCCGGGUCAUACCCCCUGCAGGUAACCAACCAGCACAAUUUUCUCAUAGUAGACUCACCCUCGUCCUACAACGUGAUCAUAGGGAGACCAAUGCUUAAUCGUUGGAAGGCUGCUAUCUCCACCUACUGCUUAAAGGUGAAGUUCCCAACAGAACGUGGUGUCGGGGAGAUUAAAGGAGAUCAAGUACUGGCAAGAGAAUGCUACCAUGCCGUCCUGGCUUCAAAAGAAAACCAUACGUGGACGAUUGAAGAGAAAACACCAGAGAUUAUGGAGAAACUUGAAACGGUAGAGCUGGCUAAAGGGAAUCCUCCAAAGACGACCCAAAUAGGGACGAGCAUGAGUCAAAAGACGAAAGGUGAAAUCGUCAGCUUUCUGAAAAGUAACCUCGAUAUAUUCGCGUGA